GCGACUCCCAACCAUCCACACGUCUCCUAAAAUACCGCCGACAGAAUUAAAAUAUAUUAUUUAGGCAAAUUUUUAAAAACAAAUUAUUUCAAAACAUCCUAUGCGUACACACAGGACUAGAAGUGGCCUGCAAUGUUACCUAACAGUGAUAUUUGACGCGAGUUCGUAUUUUUUAGUGAUUUAUAAAAAUAAAUCAGAUUUAAAAACUUUAUGAUAUUAUGCAUUGAUUUCGUUUAGCCUGUGUCCGUGUAUUAAAGCUUUGUAAUUGAAAACUUUAUCAGCUGACGCGUCCAUUGCCGUUGGAACUCAGCGUCCAGCCAGUAAGAAAGUUUCAAGUCCGCUCCAAGGCAAGAAUACAUCGCCGGCCGCCCGCAUAGGAUGGUAGAAACUGACCCCGGGCCCAAAAAACCUCACAAUUGUGAUGUAAAAAACGACCUCCAACUAAACGGCCCAGGUUCCAAAACCGUUGACCUAGGUAUAGUACCAUCGCUGAAAACAUCAGCUAAGUGCGACGCAGAAAAAGCGCCAAACUCUGAAAAAGCUGACUUCGAGCGGGCUAUCGAAUUAACUGGCUAUGGCCGCUUCCACUACCUGCUGCUCGCCGUGUGCGGGCUGGUCAGCACCUCCGAGGAGAUGGACGUCAUCUCGAUGUCCUUCAUCUUGCCCUCGGCGCAGUGCGACCUCAACCUCACUACGUAUACCAAAGGAUGGCUGAACAGUAUAAUCUUCAUCGGGAUGAUGGUGGGCGCGUACGCGUGGGGCUCCGUGGCGGACUCGUUGGGCCGCAAGCGUGUGCUCAUCGCCAUCUCGAUUGUCAACGCGCUCGCCAUCGUCGCCUCCUCCUUCAGCCAGAACUACGAGCUCUUCAUGCUGUUCCGGUUUAUCAACGGUGCAGCGUUGGGUGGGUCUGGUCCUGUGAUUUGGUCAUAUUUCGCGGAGUUCCAGCCGAAGAAGAAGCGCGGCGCUAUGUUGAGUUUCAUGGCCGCCUUCUGGACGCUCGGCAACCUGUUCGUGGCCGGCCUCGCCUGGGUCAUCAUUCCCAGUGAAAUCGGAGGAACGACAGGUGGUUUUGUCUACAACUCUUGGCGUAUCUUCUUGUUAGUGAUGUCCCUACCGUCUUUCCUAGUCGCGGCGCUAUUGUUUCUGCUGCCUGAAUCACCAAAAUUCUUGAUCACUACGGGUCGCCAUGAAGACGCUCUAGAAGUAUUUAAAGGAAUCUAUCUCAUGAACACGGGCCGCAGUAAAGAGGAGUACCCCGUUAAGCAGUUAUUAGUAGACGUACCUGUACACGCCAAGCCUGAAAAGCAGCUGGAAGAGAAGGAACCAAAGUCAAAGAUGCGUAGGAUGCUGAGCGACAUCGUGGAGCACAGCAAGCAGCUCUUCGUGCCGCCCAUACUCAAGUUCACAACGAUAUCCAUCACCAUCAACUUUACAUUCCAUAUCGGUUACUACGGUCUGAUGAUGUGGUUCCCUGAAAUGUUUAACCGUUUCGACGAGUGGUCGCGCGCCAACGACAACGCGCCGGCGGACAUCUGUCAGGCGACGGCGUACGUGGUGCAGCGCGGCACGCACUCCGCGGAAGCGCUCUGUGACCCGCACAUACACUCCGACGUCUUCAUGGAGUCACUCAUCACAGUCGCCGCAGCUAUACCUUCCAAUAUCUUCGCCGUGCUCGGAAUGGAUCGACUCGGAAGGAAGUUCUUCUUGGUAUUUUCGACGUUCUCUGCGGGUCUGUGCUCUGCGGCGAUGUACUUCGUGUACAACAAGACCAACAACCUGAUAGUGAGCGCCAUCUUCAGCUCUGUGAUAUCGUGCGGCAACGCCUCGCUCGACUGCCUCAUUACUGAGGUCUUCCCCACCAACUUGCGUGCUACUGGUGUAGCGGUAUCAAUGGUGGCGGCGCGUCUCGGCGGCAUCAUCGGCAACGUGGUGAUCGCGGCGCUGCUGGACACGUACUGCCCCGCGCCCACAUUCAUUGUGGCCGUGCUGCUCGCCGGCGGCGGACUCAUGUGCCUCUUCCUGCCCAACACCACCCGACAAGCUCUGCAGUAGACGACAAAUAUCGUGCCGCUAUCUUUUUCAACAGAUU